UAAGUCCAAAACAGACCGUGGCGUCAAGUAAGCCAGCCAGCCGCAUGCGCUUGUAGCAGUGAGAAGGGUCACCCCCACCACCACCAGUCAAGAGAAGAGAAGAGGAGAGAAGAGAAGAGAAUCGGAGGAUCUUAGCCUCGAAAUCGGAGGAUCUUAGCCUCGAUAGGCACUUUCGACACUAACCCUACGCUCAGCUACAAGCAGAUGGGGUUUCGCUUCGAUCUAUUCCUCCUAUCUGUCGCCAUUUUGUUGGCUCCUUCUUUAUCCGAUCUAGUCAUAUCCAAGGUUGAUCGCCGGAUUGAUUUGACCUCGCAAAUUGUACGCAUCUCGGUGACGUUAAAGGUUGAAAAUGUAGGACCUGAUCCAGUGUUGGAAGUUUUGCUUCCCUUUCCUGAUCACCAGGCAAAGAACUUGGCAUAUCUAGCCGCAGCAACUAAUGAAGGAAAAGGAAAAUCAAAAGGUCCUGCCACCAGUCUACCCAUUGAAGUUGUCCAGCCAAAUGAAAUGCCCCCAGCUCUGACAUGGUAUUCUGUAUCCUUACCCAAGGGGCUGGGUAAGGGGGAAAGUUUGACUUUGGAUGUUCUGGCCGUGUUCACUCAUGCACUGAGGCCAUUUCCAGAAAAAAUUUCACAAGCUGAAAAUCAGUUAGUUGCGUUCCAGGAGAGUGCGCACUAUCUUUCUCCUUACAUUGUCAAGGUCCAAUUACUUAGUGUCAAAUUGCCUCCUGAUUUCAAACCUGAAUCCUAUACAAAACUAGAGAAAAGUGAGCUUUCUGGCUCAGAGAUUAAAUACGGCCCCUAUGAGAACCUUCCCCCUUUCUCAUACUCACCAAUUAUAGUUCACUUUGGAAACAAUCAACCUUUUGCUGUUGCUCAAGAGUUGUUGCGAGAGAUAGAGAUCUCCCACUGGGGCAACGUGCAGGUGACAGAGCAUUACAACCUUAUCCAUGGAGGAUCUCAAAUCAAGGGAGAGUUUUCCAGACUGGACUAUCAGGCCAGGCCUCAUGUCGGAGGUGCGUCAGCAUUUAGGCAUCUUGUUGCCAAUUUGCCACCAAGGGCUCACUCUGUUUACUAUAGGGAUGAAAUUGGAAAUAUUUCAACAUCUAAUUUGUGGGGUGAUUCAAAAAAGACGCAAUUAGAAAUUGAGCCUAGGUAUCCAAUGUUUGGUGGCUGGAGAACAUCAUUUACAAUUGGAUAUGGCCUACCACUUAAAGACUUCUUAUUUCAGUCGGAGGGGAAACGCUUCCUUAAUAUCUCUUUUGGGAGCCCGAUCAGAGAUUUGGUCAUUGACAACCUCAUCGUGAAGGUUGUUUUGCCCGAGGGUUCAAAGGAUGUUUCGGUUUCUGCCCCAUUUCCUGUGAAACAAUGGCACGAGACAAAAUUUUCCCACUUGGAUAUAGAUGGUAGACCAGUAGUUGUGCUAGAGAAAACCAAUGUGGUACAGGAGCAUAGUCAAUAUUUUCAGGUCUAUUACAAGUUCAACAAUGUUUCUUUGCUGAGGGAGCCGUUGAUGUUAAUUUUUGGAUUUUUCUUCAUGUUUAUUGCCUGCAUUGUAUAUGUGCAUGCGGAUUUGACAAUCUCAAAGUCUUCUGCUUCUUAUGUGGCAAAACUGCAAUGGGACGAGGUAAAAACAGCUAUUCAGCAGGUUCAGAACAUCAUUAAUCGAUGUUUGACAGUCCACGAUAGGCUUGAUGCAACGCUACGUGAUCUCUCCAGAACCGGAGAUGUGCAAGCCUGUAAAGUAGCUCGGAAAGCAGCUGACAGUUUAUUGAAAGAUCUUUCCAAAGAAUUGAAGCCCUUGUUGGCUUUCUUACAUUCUUCUCCGCAGGCUGCUCAAAUAUUGCCGAAGGUGGAGGAUCUGGUUGCCAAGGAGCACGAACUGCAGGAGAAGCUAAUGCUGAAACACUCCACAGUGGUGGAAGGCUAUGAGAAAAAAUCUGGGGGACGGGAAAUGGAGAACCGGGUUGCGUUGAUCCAGCAGAAACUCACAGCUUUGAGGCAGGAGGUUGAUGACCUUCUUGAAGUCAUUGAUGAGAUCUAAGAUUUACGUAUGGGUUUAACUAAUUUAGGCUCGGGUUCUUUCACCCACUUUGAUGACCUUUGUCGGGCAAUUUGUGAGAUCAGAAUUUUGUUAUUUAUCGCCAAGAUUUUCUGAUUUUUGCUCCUGUUCCAAUAUACCAAAUGCUUGCAUUUUUGUGGAA